UUUUGACGCAAGUACCGACGUCAGCAUCAACUGUGCAUCUCAUUUCCGGAUACCACAGAUUCAUACACCAUACACAACACAUGCUCCACCGCGGCGCCGUCCGCCUGGAGUUAAGUUAGCUUUCGCUCGCUACGUACGUAUUCGUAAAUGCGCAGCAGCAGCAUCAGUCGAUCCAUGUUGUGUUCAAUCAUACACAACCUUUUGUAACCUUCGAAGCAGCUGUUAGUUCUAAUCAUUCUUUUUAAACAAUUGUCGCCGUCAAUAACGAUCACUGCUGUUUCCGAAAGAUUAACAAGUUUGCAACAAUGACCUCGAUAUUGGCCUUAUUGGCAGUCUUGCCAAUUCUUGGGUUGGUUUCGGGAGAGGCGUCGAGCGAUUUCCCGGGACCAGAUUAUCAGUGGAAGCAUCACAGUCAACAGGAUCUGGAACAGAUAUUGGAAGAUACAAAGAGAGAAUGUCCUGACAUUACCAAAACUUAUUCUGUCGGGGAAAGUGUUCUGGGGAGAAAAUUAUGGGUUAUCGAAAUAUCUGAUAAUCCCGGAGAACAUGAACUCGGUGAACCUGAAUUUAAAUACAUCGGCAACAUGCACGGCAACGAGGUAGUAGGUCGGGAGGUGCUGCUCCUUUUGAUCUCCUAUCUGUGUAAGAAUUAUGGGACCGAUCCUGACAUCACAUGGCUGGUUGACAACACUCGAAUCCACAUCAUGCCCACCAUGAAUCCCGAUGGUUAUGCUGAGGCCCUUGAAGAGGUGAAAAAGACUGGAGACAACAAAUGGUCAACGGGAAGAGCAAAUGCGAACGGCAAAGAUUUGAAUCGGGACUUUCCUGAUUUGGACACUAUUUACUUCGGAUCGAGAAUGGGCAACUUCCCAAGGAGACAUGGCAAAAAUAACCACAUCAGUAUGGCUCUCAAGGGCAAUCUGAAACAGUUCCAACCCGAGACGCUGGCCAUCAUUAGCUGGCUUCAGGAAUACCCCUUCUGUCUCUCUGCAAACCUCCACGGUGGGGACGUCGUUGCCAACUAUCCCUUCGACGCCAGCCACAACGGCAAAGCCGAGUACGAGGCCACGCCCGACGACAGUAUCUUCAAGCAGGUGGCUCUCGCGUAUGCCCGUGAAAAUCCAGUAAUGUCGGAUCCUAACCGCGCAUCUUGUGACAUGGGAGAUGAUCAUUUUGAGGAUGGUGUCACCAACGGGGCUGAUUGGUAUCCACUUAAUGGAGGUAUGCAAGACUAUAACUAUCUCCACACCAACUGCUUUGAGAUAACCGUCGAAUUGAGCUGCAAGAAGUUCCCCACGAAUCCUUCUGACUACGAUAAGUUCUGGAAAGAAAACAAAGAGUCUUUGCUUGCGUACAUCCGACAGGUACACAGUGGCAUCAAGGGAGUCAUAACAGACAAGGACGAUAAUGGAAUCGAAGAUGCCGUUAUUAAAGUUUCUAAGAAAGUAGGAGAUACUGGAGAGUACAUAGAUCACGACAUCACCACAGCCGAAGGGGGAGACUAUUGGAGACUACUCGUACCGGGAACCUACUACGUGCGGGUAGAGAAAUGUGGCUUUGAACCAGCAUACAAGGAGUGUGUUGUCCCCGAAGGAAACGAAAAUGAAGAGGCUAGUGACUGCAGCUUCCAACUUGAAGAAAAUAAUGAGAUCUGCUCACAGAAAGAAGUCAAGAUGGAGGAGGACCUCUUAAACAUAAUUUCCAGAUACUUACAGUAAUCCUUUAUCUCAUUCAAUCUUGACUUAAAGCCAUUACUGGGGGGAAGAGGGGGGGGGGCACUGUCAUUACAUGGUGGAAACCAUGCUCAUACAUGGGACUUUCAACAUGGACUCUAAAAAAAAAAAAUCAGCCUUCAAUCUGGGGGCCCUCUAAACAAGUAUUUAUGUCAUGUUUUCCCUUCACGCAAAUAAGACCUCAAAUAUGAUUUUCAUGAUUAGGUUGAAAAGUAUACAAAUUUUCCUGAUUUUGGCAAUUUCGAACACUUUUUUUUUUCAAUCUAAGGCAUACAUCGCCUGACCAUGAAAUGAUCAUGGUGUGGUGUCUGCAUAGUAAUGUAAGGAUUACUUUUCUUGUCAUAAAUAGCACAAAUGAUUAUCCCUGGAAUUUGAAAUGCAAGAUUUAGUUACCUUGGUUAUGUACCAUGUACAGUAAUGAAGAAUGGGAAUAUCCAAUUCAUGUAUCAGAGUUCCAUUCAAUGAAAGUCAACCUUUAUCAUAAAAAUUAUAUUUUUAUGGUUUGAUAAAAGAAAAAGAUUGCUUCUUUCUCUUUUUAUUUUACAAUUAUUUUGGGGGGCCAGAGAUGAAAGAAAGCAAUAAUCUAUUUAAGGUGUGUUCAGUGUCAAUUUUCAAAAAAUAGUGACAUGAAUCAUGAUGCAAAAUGCAAUAAUUACGAAACACAGUACACAAAAAUGAUUAGCGAUGCACCUUUCAGUGUCAAAACUAACAAAUUUUAAGCUAAUUAUACGUUGAUCAUUUUUAAAUGCUCUGCUCUCAAAAACUUACAUAAUCAUCACAAGAAGUGUCAACUCUGGCAUGCACUUUCCUAAAUGAGUAAGCUUCCACUGCAAGAGCACAUUUAAAGUCGUUUGAAAACUCAGAACUCAGUUGCGUUCAGUGUCGCAUUUCAUUGCAUUUCUGAUGCUGGGGGUGGUGAAAUAGAAGCUGAUCGUCUUUCAAAAGGCACCUUUUCAGUGUUUAAAUUUUCCUCCGAAUCGAGAUCUGAAAGACGUUUACGACCAAGAAUGAUGAUUAUCCUUUCCAACCUGUUUACAAUGAAUGUACUCUUUUGCUCGUUAAACUUAAUACGUUUUGUAAAUUUGUGUUUUGUAUCUUGAUUCAAUUUGCUGUUGCAAAUGAACAUAUCGACAUUCAACACUCCCUGAGACCUAUAUUUAUAUAUAUUGAUUAUUUUCAAUAUCGUGUCACUAUUUUUAUGAAGAAAGUGCAUUCCAAUAGUAUGAUACCUCUCUUGACAUGUGAUGACUAUCCUCACAGUAUUUCAUCUAUCAAUUUCUAUUUCUCUCCAACGUUUCCUCUCCACUCUGUUUGCAUCCUCUCACCCCCCCCCCUUGCAUUGCACUUCAUGCUGAAAUUUUUUUUUCCACUUGUCGUCUUUGAAAAAACACUUUUCAGUCUUUUCUGUCCUUUUACUUUCAAUAUCGGUUAUCCUCAGAGCAACAAGCAAGUAAAAAUGCUUCUGUGCUUUGACACAUACUAGUAUUAUGACUCCAUUGCCGUAGAUGCCUCUUUAAUUAAAAAUUAUCAAUCAAAUGAAAAUCAAAUUUGAAAAUUCCACUUCUGUAUUCUGUAUGUGGGCAUUUUGAUUGUACAAAAUAUUGGCCAAAAUAUUGACAUUUUUAGUACUCGGUCUUUGAUAAUUGUAUUUUCUUUUCCUUUAUUUCAACUUGGUCCUUACGAACAUUCCUGUAUAUUACUGGGACUAUAUUAGCUUGCCCUAAUUAUUUUGGCUAUUUAUAUUAAUUUGUAUUCGAGUAUGUUCAGCUGCGGAUUAUUCUUUCAUUUUCUUUCAAGCAAUCAGGGAUAUACUAACAAACUAACCAACUCUACUUGUAUUCAAAUUCGGUUGCAUGCCAUAAUGAAAAUGAAUUUAUCCAUUUGUUUAUAUAGCUCUUAACGAUGAUUUUUAUGUGGAGAAAUUGCUGAUUUGAGUUCAUGAUAUGAGGCUUUCCAGAACGCAGCAAACUUUUGCAGAAACUUCCUGUGCUCAUUUAUUGGGACAUGGGUUUCAAUUUCUUAUGUGUUUAAUGACAAGACUAGUGAAAUUGACAUCACAUUAUUUUAUUUGUCUUGUGUUAAGUUCUUUAUCAGAAAAAAAACAUUCAUUUUUUUUUUUUCAAUUUUAUUUAUGGAGGAGGGGGGGGGGGUUGUGGUGGAAACCUUUUUUAACCCUUUUGUCUGAAUAUUUCUGUUUCAUGAGAUUUUAUAAGGUAAAAAGCACAUGGACUAAUUAAUUGAAUGUAGGAUAAUUUUCUUACAUUUUUUAUUUUAUUCAAAUGUUUUUUAUGAGAUGAUAUGGUUAUAUUCGGGGAAGGGGGUGUUGGCGACCUCUAAUUAUAAUUAUGUUAUUAUUAUUCAUCUAAUUAUCAUUAUUCUAAUAAAGAUAAGAGAAAGUUUUCUCUUAUGAUUUUGAUCUGAUUUUUUUUUCAUGGCAUAUGUGAAAUGCUGGUUUCAAAUGAUAAGUGGAUAAAAAUAAUUGUUUUUUCUUUUUUUAUCGUAAUUUUUUUUUUCAGUUAGUGUAGAUUUCUAUUUCCCACAUUACUUUUUUUUUUUCAAAUGACAGUGAAGUCCAUGCACAUGUUAUGAUGGAGUCUUUUUCAUAGAGUGUUAUUUACAACUCAUUUUUUUUCAUAGAAUGUCACUUAAGAUGAUCACUCUAUGUAUAUUGUCUUCUUGUAUUUUGAAGAAAAUAGUAGUGUGUAUUCUAACUAAGUUGUAUAAAUGUACAUUAAAGAUUAUAUACUAGUAGUAGCUGCUUUAUUGCUAGAUUGGAUAAAAGUAAGAGGGUGUACACUGGAUUAUGUAGUGAGAACUGGGCUGAUGUUAGGAUAUACAAAAAUGCUGUCAUUGGAAAGAAAUAUAUUUAUUGUACUUCAUCUUUACAGGUUGAAUUUCCUGAAAUGGUGAUAGGAAAUACAAUGUACAAAAAUGCUGUCAUGGUCGGAAAUAUAUUUAUUGUACUGUGUCUUAAAAGGGUAAAUUUCCUGAAAUACCUCCCUAGCUACUUAUGAGAGACAUUUCACCAUUUUGGUGCAAGAAUGCCCUUAGCAAAUGAUUUUUGCACCCCACAUCGUUGCUAAAAUGCCCUUAUUACGGCUUACGCAAUGCACUUAUGCGUCCUGCAGAGGGCAUUUUUGCACAUAUGCAAUGUGCGAAAGUGUGGUGUUAAGGGUGUUCUUGCACCGACACAAUGAUUUAUUAUGUGAGUCACAGUACUGGAAUAUCUAUAGUAUAGUUGGUCUAGAGUACUGUUGGUCAUUGAAAAGAUCUAUGUGAGGUUUUUGUUGAAUGCCAAAACAAUUGGAGAGUGGCACCCACUCCUUAAAUUAUCUUCUGUUGUCGUAUUUAGGCAAGGGAUACAAUUUUAUUUUUUUCCAAUAGUGCUGUUCAUUUUAAGUACAGAGAUAUUCCACCUUGUAUUGGACUGUGCUAUAUAUCAUGUUUGCAGCUUUAUGUGCUUCUAAUCUACUUAAUUGCUUUGUUUUGUUUAAAGUAGGUGCUUCAUAUUUUUAUCUUCAUGUUUAAAUAGAAUGUAUGCAAUUUAUAUUUUCAAAUCAUUGGGUUCUCUACAUCUACUUAGGCAUUAUACUUGAUGAUUAGAAUAUAAUAAUCAGCCAAAUAUUCACAAAGUUGGUUUUGAAAAACUGUUGGUUGAACCCAUGGUUUAAAUGCGGAUUUCCUGUAUGAAUUGCUUUUAUUUUACUGAAUAUAUUAUUAAUGUCCGAUGCUGAUGCGCGCUAAAUUGACGCUUGUUGCCAUGGUUGAGCAUGCUGUUUUAUGCAUGAGUCCACUGUUUUGAAUGACUGAAUCCACUCAAGACGGUGAACUCGUGAAUAAAAUAGCAUGAUAAACCACAGCAACAGGCGUCAAUUUAGCAUACUGUAUUUACAGAGUAUGCAUCAGCAUUGGACAUGUUUUUAAUAUGUGCAGUAAAUUAAUAAUAAUAAUAAUAAAGGUAUAUUUACCCAGGGUAGCCACUUCAGUUCCAAAAACUGUUCUCCCAGCGGGCCCUGCUAUUAUUACCCGGCUAAGCUAGGCUACCUGUUGGGUGCACACAGCUUUUUGAGGAAUUACUUCCUGCCGGUACCCAUUUACCUCACCUGGGUCGAGUGCAGCGCACUAUGGAUGAAUUCCUUGCUGAAGGAAAUUACGCCAUGGCUGGGAUUUGAACCCAUGACCCUCUGUUUCAAAGUCCGGAGACCAAUCCACUGGGCCAUGACGCUCCAUAACUUAUAUAUGAAAUUUGCACCAUUGGUUCAACUGACGGUUCUCAGAACCACCUUUGUGAAUCCCUGCCAUAGUGUCACCAUCAGUGGCCAUCUGCAGAUGAUUUUGUAGUAGUCAAAUCUGAUUGAAACACCUCGGCCUCUUAUUUUUGUGUGCAUGGUUUUUGACAUACUUAAGUGGGAAUGAAGAUGAUUUCAUAUUUUCAGAAAAGGGAAACCGAUGUUUUGAAUUUGUACUUGAAUUUCAAAUCAUGAUGUUAGCAGAAAAUUGAAUGGUGUUUUGUUAAUCAACACAGACCUCUAUACCGCAUUUGGUAAUUCUCUCCCACUUUGGAGGGACACCAACAAAAUCAUCAAGUGAGGUAUAGAUGUAUAGGGAAUAUGGUAGUGACUUGCACUCGACUUCAAUCUUACACCACUCAUGUGCUUAGAACUUUUACCAUGCCUGUGUAUCAUACAUUUGUCAGCUGUAUAUAUGUGCUGUAUAGUAAAUUAUUUUUUGUUAGUAUGAUCGAGGAGUUGUAGAUUGUGUGUUAUAGUGACUCCCAAGGGUUUAAAUUUAGUAUAUUAAAAAUGUACCCUUUUUA